UCGGCUCCAUACCUGUUUUAAUGAUUAAUGGAGAUUUAAAUAUAGUGAGAAAAAAACAAUCACAAUCUCUCUCCUCACAUCAUACAAUGAUUCCCUCUUCUCCCUGAGGCCUGAGGAGAGAGAUGGCAUACAAACUAUCAUCAGUAGCAGCAGCAAAAUCAAGAUGCAAGACGCCAACAAGUGACUCUGCAAUUGCCACAAUCUCUUAUCACCUCAAUCCUUGUGCCCCAAACAGAAUAACCCAUCUCACCAUUUUCUCAUCCAUUGAACCCUCCUCCUCUUCUUCUUCUUCUAAAUCAACGUUGACAAAGAAAGCUUUGAAAAAUGAAACUUUCUCGUUUGUUUUCCGUGAGCAUGACACACUUAAAUCUAAGGAAGAGACCAAGACUAAGCUUACUGUGACUCCAGAUUGUUGCCCAGAGGGUGUUCCAAUUAGGUCCAAAAGGAGCCGACCUUUCUGGAGGAAAUUCUUUUUUGGAUCCAAAAAGAUCAGGAGCAUCAUAUUGCUUAAUCUCAUCACCAUUGUCUAUGCUAGUGACAUUCCACUUGUGAAAGAGGUUGAAGCUUUGAUGGAUCCAGCAGCCUUUUGUGCUGUGCGGUUUGCUCUGGCAGCCAUCCCAUUUUUGCCAUUUGUGUUUCGGGCACGAAAUGAUGUUCAGACGCGCAAUGCAGGGAUUGAGUUGGGAUUCUGGGUUAGUCUAGGCUACCUUGUUGAGGCACUUGGACUAUUAACAUCCGAGGCUGGGCGUGCAUCAUUUAUUUCACUCUUUACAGUGAUUGUGGUUCCGUUGCUUGAAAGCAUGUUGGGGUCAAUUGUACCUGCUCGCACCUGGUUUGGAAUUCUCAUGUCUGUCCUAGGGGUUGCUAUGCUGGAAUGUAGUGGAUCACCUCCGAAUAUUGGAGAUCUUUUGAACUUUUUGAGUGCAAUAUUCUUUGGCAUUCACAUGCUUCGAACGGAACAUAUAUCAAGAAGCACAAAGAAAGAGAACUUCUUACCACUUCUUGGAUACGAGGUUUGUGUUACUGCUCUGCUAUCUGUAAUAUGGUAUCUAGUUGGAGGAUGGUUUGAUGGUGCCCAAGAUUACAACGGACUGUCUUGGGCCGUGGUGUGGGAUUGGAUGGUUGUAUUUCCGUGGAUACCUGCACUCUACACUGGUGUAUUCUCAACUGGAUUAUGCUUAUGGGCAGAGAUUGCUGCAAUGCGUGAUGUUUCAGCAACAGAAACAGCAAUAAUUUACGGGAUGGAGCCGCUUUGGGGCGCUGCUUUUGCAUGGUUUCUCCUUGGUGAAAGAUGGGGUACUGCUGGAUGGAUCGGAGCUGCUCUCGUGCUGGGUGGAAGCUUAACAGUGCAGAUGUUUGGAUCUUCUUGUGAAUCGAGAGAUGCUGGAAUUACUACUGAAAACAAUCAAAAGUUGCAAAACCCUCUCUCUACUUCACCACUGGUCAUCAGCACUAGAAAGGAUGUAAUAGAUAUGUUAAAGAAAUAAGCCACUUCACACUUGUGUAUAUAUAUAUAUAUAUAUCCACGGCAAUGUAAAUGUAAAUCAUAUUUUAGACUAUGUUCCUCCAUCCAUUCUCCAUCAAUAGAAAAAAGCGUGAGAUUUAAAGGGUUCAA